ACUUGCUCCGCCUGAGGAUUCAUCGAAAUUUCUGAUCUUUCCCACACUAAUCGGCUGUUCUAAGUACCUAUCAGAAGCCUGCCAAACGCUUUUCAAAGCUCCCACCGCAGCUUGAACCAAACAACCCACGCAUGCUCCAAGCCAAGACCGACAAGAUGGUGUCCAUUCCCGCCAUGCUCGCCAGUCUACUGACCUUCACCUGCAGUCACCGUCACCAGGACAGUUCAGGACGCCAUCGCCCAGAUGGAAGCCUCCCACCCGGCUGGAACACCAGCUUUCACGCCCAGCUCGUUGGCAUGGGUAUCACCACAUCGCCCAAGGCCUCCGUCUUGACCGACGAGCCGGAGAGCUACGGAUGCCUGACCGAUAGAGUUUCCUUGACCUGGUCAAGGGAGAUUGCCCAAGGCAUUGAUUACCUCCGACGGGUGUCGGGGAUGGCAAAGAACGGGCCCUGA